GCCCAUGGAGACCCCCUGGGCAGGGCUGGCUUUAGGCUGGCAGCACAGCUGGGGCUGGCGGGAAGAGGGGGGAUGCUGAGGCUGCUGCUACCCAAGAUGAAAUCUUGCUAGGUUCAGGGUUUCCAAGAACGGAGUAAAAUCACAGCAGGGCUGGAGGUUUGCCUGGGAACCGUCCUGGGAGGAGCGGGGGAAUAAGCAGGGAGCCCACAAAGGCCAGGGGAAGGAGCACAGGGCCAGCUGAGUUGCGUCGAAGAGGUCAAGAGUGUAGGAUGGAGCAGGAGCUGCCAAAGGACCAGCUGAGCAGCAGCCCACAGGGACGCGCACAGCAGGUCCCUCACACUGAUAUGGAAACAAGGCAAGCAGCUGUGCCAGCAGCACCAGCAGCAGCCUGGUGGGCUCUGCCCCAAAAGCCGCAGGCACAGCUGGCCCUGGAUCAUGGGGUGAAGGAUCAGCCCCAUGUCAUGUCAGAGCCAUGGGGAGGUGGCACAGCCCCACAGUUUGGGACAGAGACACUGUGAGAGCAGCACAAGGCACUUGGCUGCUGCAGGAGGGCCUGUACCACAGGGCAGUGGUGCUGCAGGCAGGCAGGGGCAGGAGGACACACUUGCUGCUGAGGGGGCUGUGCUGGUUGCAGGGGCCCUCAUGGGAGCUGGCGAUGUGAUUGCGCAGCAGUUGGUGGAGCAGAGAGGGCUGCAGGGGCACCAUGGCCCCAGGACCCUGAAGAUGAUGGUGAUUGGCUUCUGCUUUGUGGGUCCUGUUGUGGGUGGCUGGUACAAGAUCCUGGAUCAGCUCAUCCCAGGGACAACAAAAGUCGUAGCUGUAAAGAAGAUGGUCCUGGACCAGGGGGGCUUUGCACCAUGUUUCCUUGGCUGCUUCCUUGCCAUCACAGGAGCAAUGAAUGGUCUGUCAGUGGAGGAGAACUGGUCCAAGAUCCAGCAGGACUACACAGACGCCCUGCUGACCAACUACUGUAUCUGGCCACCAGUACAAAUCGCAAACUUCUACUUCGUGCCCCUGAAGCACAGGCUCGCUGUCGUUCAGUGCGUUGCUAUCGUCUGGAACUGCUACCUGUCCUGGAAAGCAAAUCGGAUGUGAGGUGGAAGCCACAUCCCCUCCCUGCCUGCAUGCUGCCUGACCCUGCCUGAUCCAGAGCCCUUGGAACAGGCUCGUAUCUGGGGCUGGGAUAUGCAGGAUGCUGGCAGCAGCUGCCCAGCUCUCUCUUUGGAAACCCCAUCACCCGCAGCUAUAGCCCUUGCUGCUCCAGGGACACCACAAGAUGGGUCAGUGCCUGCUCUGGAUCCAGCAGCUCUGCCCCUCAGCACACUUCACUGCCUGUGCUCACUCUUCUCCCCAGCCCUUUACCCCACACAGGGGGUGAUCCUGCCCUGGGCGUUGCUCCGUCCUUCCCCAGAGAGCUGAGUGAGUUCUGGUGCAGGUGCUGUGCUGUGCACUGCUCCUCUUGGAGCUGGGAUCCAUGCCAGGGGGCUGCCCCAUCCCAGGCUGCUUGUGCUGUGCCUGCAGCCCUGCAGCACCCUCUGCCACAGGCUGGGAAUACUCUUCCUGAGGUCAGGGUUUGCUGUGGCUCAGACAGUUGGAGCACCAAAUAAACUGGUUUUCACUUGUG